AUACCUGUGGUAGUAUAAAUGUGCCUUGCUUCACAGAAGAAUCUCAUUCAGUGGUGUCUGUGGAGCAAGUGCCGCAUAUGAACGAGAUGAUAUAUUCGAUGGACUCAGCCCACUGAUCACCCAGAAUUUGGUACCAAAGAGGGGAUAUACUCGAUGUACUCAACCCAUUGAUCACCCAGAAUUUCCCGAUGUUAUCCCAAGGAAGACACCACACUCGCAGGGACGAAUAUCAUAGGCAUCGAAGAAGAAGAAGAGGAGGACAAAGAAGACAGAUGGGAUUUGAACGAUUAAGAGAUCUCAUAGAUGAAGACAAUUUGGAAAAUAUAACCCUGGAACUGGCAAGUGAUAAGAGUGGCUUUGAAUCAAUGUUACAUAGUCAUUCUAUGACAUUUGAUGAAAUCAGGCUUGUACUUGCUGUGGUUGACAAAGCAUGCAGUACAGAUCACAAGGAAGGACUAAAAAAGGUCCUGAAGACACUAUGCACAUCGUGUUUUCUGGAUACACAUCUUGUGAACUUUUUUGACCAGCUUAACCACUAUGACGAGAUUGAAGACUACAGUAAUCAUGUGUUUGUUAUAUGUGAGGAAAUACUGAAGAAAAGUCCAAGGAAUGCAGGGAAAUGCGUUGAUGCUUUGCAAUGUAUUGGAUAUGCUUUCAGUGAUUGCGAUAUUAUCUAUGAUAAUCCAGAACUCGAAGCACAUAGAGCGGAGCUGGGGAGGACAUGCAUUCGGCACGUAGUAUUUGGUCAAUGCAGAAGCUACGAAGAGGAACCACCAGACAAUUACAGGGACCUUGAGAUGUUUCCCAGUUUGCAGGACCUGUUGUCAGAUGAGCAGCCAUUCCUGAGACAGAACAAAGACAAGGGAGCCUACUCUAGCUUAGACACCUACCUUGAUGUUCAGUUCCGGUUAUUAAGGGAAGAUUACAUCCAGCCAUUGAGGAGAGGCAUACUGGAGUACAAACAAAGCAGAUUUGACAAAGCUCCGAACAAAGUUGCAGAUACAUGGUUGUAUCAUGAUGUUCACAUAAUGCGCUCAGUUUGUACUGAUGACAUUGACACUAGGUUGACUUUUGAUGUUACUCGUGUUGGAAGAAUUCGAUGGCAGUCAAGUAAACGGUUGAUCUAUGGUUCAUUAGUGUGUCUCUCAAGGGACAACUUUGAGACCAUGCUCUUUGCAACUGUUACAAAUAGAACUGUCCACGAUUUAUUAAAGGGGAACAUACAGGUAAGGUUUGAGAAAGAUUUUGAUAUUGUUCUCAACAUAUCGCCAACUGACACAUUUGUUAUGGCUGAAACUCCAGCUUAUUUUGAAGCUUAUAGGCACGUCCUUUCAAGGCUCCAGCAAAUUGAAGAUUUACUUCCAUUCCAACGCUAUCUUGUUCAUUGUGAAACAAACCUUCAGCAGCCAGGAUAUUUAGAUCAUGGUGUGCGAUACGAUAUGACUGCUCUCGGAGAAUACACUUACAAUCUUACAUCAGUACCAGUACUAAAUACAAGCAAAUGGCCACCACAAAGGUUUUAUGAUCUGAAUGAGGUUCAGCUACAAGCAGUGAAGACAGCUCUCACUAAAGAACUAGCCAUUAUUCAGGGACCACCAGGCACAGGCAAGACAUAUGUAGGGUUGAAGAUCAUGCAAGUUCUCUUGGAAAACAAGGACAAUUUAGGGUCCAGCAGUGGGAUCCUUGUUGUGUGUUAUACCAAUCAUGCCCUGGACCAGUUCCUUGAAGGAAUACACAAGUUCCAUCCACAUGGUAUCAUUCGAGUUGGAGGGCGAAGCAGUAGCAAGACUCUUGAACCUUACAACCUGAAAGAGCUUCGCAUGGACAGAAGGAGAAAGAAAAGAGUGAGGCAAAUUGUUCACGAUAAUCUUUUGGAAUGUAAAGACAAAAUGGCAGCUAUCAAAAACACAAUUGAAGAGGUUGGUUGUAGAAUCGAGGCAAGCAUGCUCGGUGUUCUUCAUGAGAAUACAUUGAUGCCAUACAUGGAACGUCAUCACUUGAGGAGCCUGUUAAACAGGUUCAGAGUGGGCAAACAAUCGGCAAUUUUAUCAUGGCUUGAGUUUAAACACCUGCCAACAUUCCAGCGACUCAUAAAUGAGUGGACAAGAGCAAUUCUUGAUUUUGUCAGACGUAAAGAAUCCGCCAUGGAGGAUCCGUCUUAUGCUGGUGAUAUAUUGUCGAUGUCAUUUGUUGACAGAGCUCAUGUGUACAAAAUAUGGCUCGAACGAUUCAGACUAAAUGUCACUCGGGAAAAGGGAAAAAUUGAGAAAGAGUAUCAAGCUGAAGCUACCAUCAAUAGAGGUAAAGACUUCAUACUUCGAAUGUUGACUGCUCAGCUCAGAGAAGCAGCUAUGGCUAUACUACCAGAUGCCUAUUUACAACAGUUUGUUCCAAGAUGGGCGUACAGUCUUAUCAAGGACACAUACUCGGAGUAUCAUGAUGAGUACUCAAUAAAAGUUUGGCUUGGAGCUACACCACAUGUAGCUGUAGCUGAAGUUGACCUAUAUGAUGCCAUUCAAGAACUGGAUGAAAUCAAUUCAGGGCUCUCAAAUGCAGAUGAAGCAGCAGCUAUCAUUACCGGACAGAGAUUUAUUGAUGAUGAGGUAGAUCUUUUCACAAACCAAUCAAGUAGACUGUCAGCUCAGAUGUCAAAAGCCAUAAACACUCUGGCUCUUAGUUUUCAGUCGCUUCUAUCCACUACAGUACAUGAAGGAAAUCAGAGCGCUAAUGAACAGGUUCAAGCUGCACACAAACGAAAUCAGAAGAAACGACUGGAGAGGAUUUUAAUGGAAGCACGACCCAUCAAUACACAAAUACUGCAUUGCAGAGACGUGUGGUAUUUGGAUAUGAAUGAUCGGGAAUCUUUGUACAAGACUUGGGUAACAGCGUAUCAGCACGACUGCAAAGUAUCUAUUAAAGAUAAAGAACAGGAAUACAGGCAGUUAUCCCAGAGACGGAAGGAAGUAUUAAGGGAAGAGGAUAAAGACAUUCUCUCUCAAGCAGACAUCAUUGGAAUGACAACUACAGGAGCUGCAAAACAUGCAAGUCUUCUUGAAGCUGUAGCACCUAGUAUUAUCAUAGUAGAGGAGGCGGCUGAAGUUUUGGAGUCCCACAUAAUAACAUCCCUCAACCCUGAGUGCCAACAACUCAUUCUAAUAGGAGACCACCAACAGCUGAGACCAAACCCACAGUCUACUUAA